GUAGCACCUCUGGAAAUACACAAAGAAAACCUGCUGGAUGCUGAAGAGCAACUUCGGUUUCUUGGUCGUAUCAUAGGAGGAGCUAAGAUUGAUUAUUUUCUUCCUCUGCUGAAGGGCUCAUUUUCAUCUUGGAUAUGGAACAGUUUAGGAAUCCCGCCAGGUUCAAUUUGUCCGAGUGUCAGAUGUGGUUUGGAGAUGGCUGUCCUCAAUGCUAUAGCAGCUAGGGAAGGAUGUCGCUUAUGUUGCCACUACACUUGCAGAAGAAGGUUCUCUGCAAUAAAGCUAAAGGUAGCACGUCGAGCCGAUCCCAUUGAAGAUGCUGCAGUUAUACAGGAAGUAAGAAAGAAGGUUGGGCACCAGAUUGAGCUCCGUGCUGAUGCGAAUCGGAAAUGGACCUAUGAUGAAGCAAUUCGAUUUGGGUUUGCUGUGAAAAACUGCGACCUGCAAUAUAUUGAGGAACCAGUUAGUGAUGAGGAUGACAUAAUUAAAUUUUGUGAAGAAACUGGCUUACCUGUAGCACUGGAUGAAACCUUGGACAAUAUUGCAGACAACCAUCUUGAGGUGCUUGCAAAAUUCACCCACUCAAGAAUAGUUGCUGUUGUUAUCAAACCAAGCAUUGUUGGGGGUUUUGAAAAUGCUGCACUGAUUGCAAGAUGGGCUCAGCAGCAUGGGAAGAUGGCUGUUGUCAGUGCUGCAUUUGAAAGUGGCCUAGGUUUGUUGGCUUAUAUUCAGUUCUCUAGUUAUGUUGAGCUUCAAAAUGCAGCUUUGUGUAGAGUGAUGAAUAAGGAACCAGCAUUAUCCGUCAUCCAUGGUCUUGGGACUUACCGAUGGCUUAAAGAAGAUGUAACGACUGAGCCUCUGAAAAUUUGUCGUAAUCCACGUAGUGGCUUUGUGGAGGCAUCUAUUGUUGAUGCUGUUCAGCUGCUGCAGAAAUUUCAGAUCAAUAAAAAUGUCAUUGUUCGAACCUUUACUAGGGAGCAAGUUCGUAAUUACCAGUUAUCAGUCGACUCAGAGCAUUUCUCCUUCUCCUUCAAUAUUCAAGAGAGUGGACCAAGCAUUGAUGUAAGCAAGGAUCUAUACGUUAUCCGUAUACAGUUAUAUUUGUUUAUUAAGAUGUAUCCUGCCAUCCACUUGGCUGAAACAACUCUAGAGAACUCUACAACUUGCCUACAUAAUGACAGAUAUUUAGACUACACUGAAAAUAUUGGACGAAGAUAUUGCAUAGAACAUAAGAGCAUGGUUCUGAAUUAUGACAAAGAUAUGGGUUUGUUUUCUGGUCCCAAUGUAUCAUACUUUGUCGUCAGAUAUGUUUUUCCUUUAUUACUUCAUAUAAACUAUAUGCAUAUAAAUAUAUUUACAAUUGCUUCUUGUGUGUACUUUACGAGACUCUCUGAUAAUUUCUGCUACCUAUUUAUAUGUAGCAAUUUUCAUGUUGGGAUUUGA